GAAACGCACUUCGCUGGCUCCUCCAGCCUCAAAGGCAUAGCAAGUGAAGAUCGUUUAUUUUGGUUUGCCUCCCAUUGUGUACUUUUCUAAAGAUAACGCUGUUAAAUUCCUCUACCGUGCAGAUGAACCCUCGGCCAGCAUAUUGACCCGAUCCAGGGGCCUCUGAGGAAAACUAGAAGCGUUCCAGUUCCACGUUUUCAAAGAGAUCCUUCCUUGACACCAGGAGGAAGUGAAAAGCUUCCAGUCUCUGCUCAUGACCACUGUACAACCGAGAGCAUCAGAGUGUACCAAGGAAAGAGAGACGAAAUAAACACUGUUGCAGAGGAGAAGACCUGUGGAUCUUUAGUGUUAUUCUGGAGGUGUCCUACUCCAGGAAUGAGGGCCGAAGCCUGGCAGCUCCCCAGAUGAGUGAGUUGGGGAGAGUUUCUGACUGUUAGCUCCCUGAUUAGCGCUUGGUCCCCGUGUCUGGAGCGGGGUUGCCAGUGUUGUUCCCGGGGUAGUGUCAGCGCCCCUCUCCCUGCCCUGUGCCGGUCUCCGGGUGCAGCGGGCGCCCGCGUCCCUCGCCUCGCGCCCUCUCAGCGGCUCCUUCGCUGCUGUCUCUCCCGGCAAGAUGGCGGACCUGGAGGCAGUGCUGGCUGAUGUGAGCUAUUUAAUGGCGAUGGAGAAAAGCAAAUCGACUCCAGCUGCCAGAGCCAGCAAGAAAAUUGUACUUCCAGAGCCCAGUAUACGCAGUGUUAUGCAAAAAUACUUGGAGGAAAGAGAUGAAUUGACCUUUGAGAAGAUCUUCAACCAGAAAAUUGGAUUCUUGCUGUUUAAAGAUUUUUGUCUGAAUGAAAUCGAUGAAGCUGUUCCCCAGCUGAAGUUUUAUGAGGAGAUUAAAGACUAUGAAAAGUUGGACUCUGAAGAAGAUCGUUUAUGUAGGAGUCGACAGAUUUAUGAUAAAUAUAUAAUGAAAGAAUUGUUGUCCUGUUCACACGCUUUCUCCAAGCGAGCAGUGGACCAUGUACAAACUCAUUUGGCCAAGAAGCAAGUGCCACCCAGUCUCUUCCAGCCAUACAUUGAAGAGAUCUGUGACAGUCUACGGGGAAAAAUUUUCCAGAGGUUUAUAGAGAGUGACAGAUUCACUCGGUUCUGCCAAUGGAAAAAUGUGGAACUAAACAUUCAUCUAACAAUGAAUGACUUCAGUGUGCAUCGAAUAAUUGGAAGGGGAGGAUUCGGAGAAGUAUAUGGAUGCAGGAAAGCUGAUACUGGAAAAAUGUAUGCCAUGAAAUGCUUGGAUAAAAAGCGAAUCAAGAUGAAACAGGGAGAAACAUUAGCCCUUAAUGAACGAAUCAUGUUGUCCCUGGUCAGCACUGGGGAUUGCCCCUUUAUCGUCUGUAUGACCUAUGCUUUCCAUACACCAGACAAGCUGUGCUUUAUUCUUGAUCUGAUGAACGGUGGAGAUCUGCAUUAUCAUCUUUCACAGCAUGGAGUGUUCUCCGAGAAGGAGAUGAGAUUCUAUGCUGCAGAGAUUAUGCUGGGCCUGGAACAUAUGCACAAUAGAUUUGUAGUCUACAGAGACUUGAAGCCAGCAAAUAUUCUACUGGAUGAACAUGGUCACGUGAGGAUAUCAGAUCUUGGGCUUGCCUGUGAUUUCUCAAAAAAGAAGCCCCACGCCAGUGUUGGGACACAUGGAUACAUGGCUCCAGAGGUGUUGCAGAAAGGUACGGCAUAUGACAGCAGUGCAGAUUGGUUCUCUCUGGGCUGCAUGCUCUUCAAGUUACUUCGAGGACACAGCCCUUUCCGGCAGCACAAGACGAAAGACAAGCACGAGAUUGAUCGCAUGACGCUCACAAUGAAUGUGGAAUUACCAGAUUAUUUCUCUGUGGAGUUGAAGUCUCUUUUGGAAGGUCUGUUACAGCGAGAUGUUGCCAAGAGACUGGGAUGCCUAGGACGAGGUGCUGUGGAAGUGAAAGAACAUCCUUUUUUUAAAGGGAUUGAUUGGCAACAAGUCUACUUGCAGAAGUAUGUGCCUCCACUUAUUCCUCCCCGGGGAGAGGUGAAUGCAGCUGAUGCAUUUGACAUAGGAUCAUUUGAUGAAGAAGACACAAAGGGCAUUAAGCUGUUGGAUAGUGAUCAGGAGCUCUAUAAAAACUUUCCUCUGGUGAUAUCGGAACGCUGGCAACAGGAGGUGGCGGAAACUGUGUACGAUGCAGUCAAUAGUGACACUGAUAAAAACGAGAUCAGAAAGAGAGCAAAGAAUAAGAUGCUUGGCCACGAGGAAGAUUAUGCCCUGGGGAAAGACUGCAUCAUGCAUGGUUAUAUGCUGAAAUUAGGAAACCCUUUCCUGACACAGUGGCAACGUCGUUAUUUCUAUCUUUUUCCAAAUCGGCUGGAAUGGAGAGGAGAAGGCGAGUCACGGCAAAGCCUGCUGACAAUGGAGCAGAUAGUUUCAGUGGAAGAGACUCAGAUUAAAGAUAAAAAAUGUAUCCUGCUGCGGUUUAAGGGAGGAAAGCAAUUUGUAUUGCAGUGUGAGAGUGAUCCAGAGUUUAUCCAAUGGAAGAAAGAAUUAACGGAAGCUUUCAAUGAAGCUCAGAGGGUGCUGCGGAGAGCCCCUAAGGUGCUGAACAAGUCACGUUCAGCAGUGGUAGAGCUGACCAAACCUCCUCUCAGCCACAGGAACAGCAACGGGCUUUAGUAGAGAGCACUUGUGUGUGAGUGGGGGAAGAGAAACAAGAGACCAGAGGAUGGUUUUGUGCAACUACUUCUAUAUCACCUCGUACGUGGUCCAGCGUGUUGUUAUUAGUUAAUUAUAUGAUCCCACAAAACAGGGUAUAUAUAUAUGUAUAGAUAUGUAUAUCUAUAUCUAUAUAUAUGCAUACGUGUAUGUAUAUAUGAAUGUAAGACUUUCAGAGCAGUUUGGCUGUUUAUUUUCUAUUGGAAGUAUUGAUGAACGAGUGUAGCACCUGUUAAAUGCAACCACAGUGAUCGCCGUGGUUAAUGAGCCAACUCCACAGGAAAGGACUGGAGGAUGUUGCCAAAUAAUUUUGGAGAAUUUAUUUUGUCAUGCGUCAUUGCGCCCUGGUGGUGUUCUUUGCUUCAUAUCGGAGGGCCGAAGGAACUUUCACGUACAAAGCAAGUGGCUGACUGGACCCGUGUUUCAGUCACUGAUUCACUCAACAUUAUUUUGCUCCUGGACUCCAACAUAUCACAAAAGACAUGGACACAUAUCGGUGGCCCAUCCGUCAACAUGGUUUUCCUGCUAUCAAAAUGUCAAUUGGUGAUAUCUUCUGUCACCAUUGCACUAUGUGCCAAUCGUCAUCUGUCCUGGGUUUAUCUCAGUGUUUCAGACUCAGUGUCUUGCCACAUAUCUCUACCAGCUACUUCUUUUCAUAUGUACCCAAUAUUGGGUGAUUGUAGACAUCAGUUGGAAGAUGGAUUGUUUUAUCUCCAUGGUAACCAGGUGCCAAUUCAUUUCUUGGUUUCUGGAGCAGUUACAUUUGAUCCUUGUUACACAGACUGUGAAAAACAAUGGUGCGUUGGUGCUUAAUUCCCUCCACCCUGUCUCAUACCCCUGCUGAUUGCAAUGUUUCUAUGAAAGACGAGAAAAUGAUUGCGACCAUACUGGAUUACCAGGUUUCCAAUGUGUUAAUAUCGCUAUCUCUCAGCAGUUGUUAAGUUUUCAUGGCUACUUGGAUGUUGCUUUGUGGCCUGUUUUAUUGAUAGGAUUUCACUGGUUGCUAGAUAUCAAUACUGUCACAUUUCAUUGUCAAGUUUCCAUGGAUAACGAAUUACAGUAUAUGGCUCAGUGUGUUUUGCGAAGUGUCUAUGGUUACAAGAUAUAUAACUAUAGUUACUGAUUCAUGACUCAUUGUGCUUCUGUGAUGUCAGGUUCCAGCCAUAGACUAUUCUGCUAUUGUUGGCAAUUUUCUGUUACUAUACUUAAUUGGAUGCUGAUGAACAGAUCUAGUUUGUUCCUGGUUUCCCUGAACUUUGAUAUUGGUCCAGAAUUACUGGACUCCAUCCGUCAUUAAUUACUUGUGAUAGUCUGAAGGAUUUUGAAAUCAUUGCGUUGAUGGGACAUUGCCCCAACCUCCAACCUGAAUCCUUUACUUCAGUGCAAUAAAAAUAUUUAGGAAUUCCUGAAUUCUACAGUACUUCUGAUCCACAUAGCACAUGAUUUGUUUUGUAAAGUCUUUGCCCCAUUCCCACCAUGAAGUGCAAAGUGCCAAUGGACUUUACAAAUUAAGGAAAAUUUAAAACAGUGAUUUAAGAGAAAGUAAAAUAUUUAUCAUAGGUAUUUCUGUGCAAGUGUACAUAAUGUUAAAAAAACUAAUAUACCAAGAAUUUGUGAUAACAAUGAGAAAAUCUGAAAAUGGUGAUUACAUAGCAUGAGUUGCUUUAUCAACAUGUCUUCGGUGAACAGUGACAAUGUAUUAUUACAUCUUUAUAAUUGAUCAGUUGCAAGAAGGGUCAGCUAUUAAUCCGAAUUUAGGGAGCAACAUCAACGCUGAAUUUUAUUAUUUUAUGUUGUAUUUUGAUUUAGUUACAGUACCACUAAAAUGUUUAAACCUCAUAUUUUGGCUGUAAAAAAUACAAAAGUGAUGAGUAUAGUAUUUUCUGGUUAUAUUUUUGUUUAGGACUACUACAUUUAAUGUGUACUGAAAAAUAAUAAUAACAAGGACGGAUUUGGCUCAAAAUGUACCACAGCUAUUGCCAUAGCCUAUUGCUGUAAUAGAAGGAGAAACAAAAUAGUUUGAAAGUGUCAGGACUGAGAGCUAAACUGAUUGAGGUCAUAACAAUGAGUUCAGUUCCAUUUGGAAUUACGUCAUUGGCUUCUCUUGGAUUUGUCAGAAGGGCUGUGUUAUAUUUGGAUGCAUUGUUGAACCUAAAUAGGGUUUAGGUUGCCUGAUACGAGUUAAGCUAAUUGUUCGAUUGAUUCUGAGACCGACAACAUGAAAGGAAGUUCUGGAAAUAUUUUCCGCCCUUCAGAAACGUAAUGCCCCAUUUAAUGGGUUGUUUCUCUUCCUACUAUCCUGUUUCCUCUUUUCUACACCCUGCUAUAUCCCUUGAAAGGAAAUUUAAACAUGCUUGCUCCAUUUCACAGUGCCUCUGGAAAUGUUCGUACCCAAUUAUUCAGACAGGUAAUUAAUUAAUUUUCUCAGUAUGAAAAUACCGUAAGACUUUUUAUGUAAUAUCAUGUUUGAACCUCAUAAAGAAGAUAUUGGUGCAAAUAAUUUGUUUCUUAAAGAGAGAUACACACUGGGUCUCCUUACGAGAAAGUACAGUACUAUAUGUAAAUACAAAAUUAUGUUCGCUGAUUCAAGCUAUUAUUGUUCCCGCAUUUUAUUUUGUUGCAGAAGCUAUAAAUAAUAAUGCACUUAGUUUUAUUUUAGCUUCAAAAAUUAUUUAUGUAUUCUGGAUAUUGACCGUUAUCAGAGGAUGUGGGAUUGAUGCAGGAAAGUGAUGUUGAAUUAAAGAAAGAUCAAACAUGUGGAGUGUGUGAAAAUGUCCAAUCUUCCCUGUCUAUCUACCUUCCUCUGGGCGCUCCCCAAGGAAUGCGUAGCAAACGUCAAAAAUAUAUCCCACUGCUUUUCACAUUGCACAGCAUGGUUCCUCGAGCGCAUAAACCGAGCUCAUUAAAUUAGUUAGCAAUGUAUAGCAACCAUCUGUAAUCUUUGAUACAGAGAGCUGAUUGUGACUCGUUAACAUCAUGACUCCUGGUUGAUUCAAUGAUACCUCAUUGAAAUUUAUUUGAAAGGAAACCCUUCUCUGCAUUGCCUCCAGUGCAAAUGCAUUCCUGCAUCAAUAUAGAGAUCAUGCUGUACACAGUGCCACUGGUGUGGUCUCACAAGUGCCCUAUAAAAUAGUAUCUAUACUUCCUUACUUUUGUACCCAUACGACGUGCAGUAAGCAAUUGAAAUUCUAUUAAUUUUAUUUAUAUCCUGUAUCCACACACUUUUUGUUUCUGUCACAUAACCAUUGUACUGUGACAUUUUGUAGUCGCCAUUUUAAAAAAAGGUAUUGAAUUUUAAUUUUUUCCUUCCAAAGUGUGUAACUUAACAUUUUCCCACUUAAAACUCCAUCUGCUGAAUUGUUGCCUCAUCACAACCUAUCGAGAUCCCUAUGUGGGAUCUUCACAAUGUGGAUUAACUCAUCAAUCUUUGUAUCAUCGCCAAAUUUAGCUGAUUUCUGUUCAGAUUUGUAGUUUUAUUGUGUUAUCACAAUCAGUCAUAGAGUCAUACAGCACGGGAAAGUCCAUUCAGCACAACUCGUCCAUGCCGACCAAGUGCCCAUCUAUGCUGGUCAUAUUUGGCCAUCUUUGGCCCAUAUUUCUCUAACCCUUUCCUAUUCAAAUAUCUUUUUUUGAUCCAAAUAUCUUUAAAAUGUUGUAUUGGACCUGGCUCAACCAUUUUCUAGGUAUUUCGUUCUAUUUGUGUACCACACUCUGUGUAAAGUUGCCCUUCACAUCCCUUUUAAAUCUUACCACUCUUAACUUAAAUCUACGUUCUCUAGUUUUUGAUUCUCCCCUCCUUCGGAAAAUAACUUUGUGCAUUCACCUUAACUAUGCCCUUCAUGAUUUUGUAUGCCUCUAUAAGGUUACCCUUGGUCUCCUAUGCUUCAAGGAAUAAAGACAUAGCCUGCUCAAUCUCUCCCUGUCACUCAGGCAGGGUAACUAAAACUGAACACAACACUGAACAAGUGUGGCCUUACCAGUGUUGUCCAACAUAACAUCCCAACUCCCAUACUCAAUCCCUUAGAUAAUGAAGGCCAGCAUACCAAACGUCCUCUUCACAAUGAUGCCUACUUGUCACACCACUUUCAGAGAAUUGUAUUUGCACUCCUGGAUUCCUCUGCUCUAUGAUACAGCCUUACCAUUCACUAUGAAAGUUCUACCCUGAUUAGUCUUCCCAAAAUGCGACACCGCGUAUUUAUAUGAAUUGAACGGGUUUCACCAUUCCUCAACCACUUGCCCGGCAAAUCUAGAUCCCGCUGUAAAUUUUGACCACUAUCUACGAUACCACGUAUUUUACUGUCAUCUGCAAACUCGCUAAUCAUGCCUUAUGUGCUCUUAUCCAAAUUAUUUAUACAAAAUGAUGAACAACAGUGGACCCAGCACAGGUAGCUUAGGUGAAGUGUAGAGAUGCAACUACUGGAGUACCGCAUCUUAUGAUGAAGGAUAUGGCUGCAGAAUCCUCCAAUUUCUCAGGCAAUUAAUUUUUUUGUCGCAUUUGCUCCAAGAGAUGUACUGUAAUCAUUUAUGAUAAAGGAGACCACCAUAUCUCCUUCACAUUCUAACUUCAAUUCCAGGUUUGGAAACCUGCUUGUUUAGGAGAGGCCCUUCUGGUAAAAUUGAGCCAGCAAAGGAGCAGGAUGAGAUGCCCGUCUGCCUUAGAAACCCUAAAGUAGGAGAUUCCCCCCCAUUGAGUACCAAAGAAUCUAUACCCUCCAUUUUCUAGAAAGAAAGCCACAUUAUCUUCACAACCAAUUGUUUUAACAUACACACUCGCCUCUGGUGAUCUAUUUGGUAGUGUAUGGCAAGAUACUGAAGUCAUGAAGCUCAGAGCACCAGCAGCGUAGACCAUGCUGUGCUUGCAGUCACUCUACUGCUGGGAAAGCCAUAAGUUUAAAUAAGUUUAAAACCAUGGCUUAGGGUGAAGAAUAACAAAUAAAGAGAAAAUUGUAAAUGCUGGAAAUUCGAAGCAGAAACUGAAAAUGCUGAACAGAAUUACUGAACAGUUUAGCCAGUGCAUGCAAAGGGAGUUAGUUAUAUUGUUACCAUCUAUAGAUAUAUCUUUACCAUCAGUCCCAGGAUGGUAUUAAUGCUAGAGAGAACUGGAUGGAAUAUGUAGUGAAUGAUAGCUAAUGUUUGGAUUGCACCAAUUAUAAAUGUAUAAAGACAAUUAUAUCAGGUAAAAUGUUUAUUGAUUUAUGAUUAGUCUUGAGGUUCUGACAUGCUAAUAAUCCCACCAGCCACCAUGCAGAUUGUUCCAAUUUCUCUACAUCCUGAGGAUGACACUCAGUUUCGAACAAUCAUUCAAGUUUCAAAACUACUCACCCUUAUUUCCAUUCAGUGAUAAAGUAUGUAUGAAUCUGAAUAAAUUAAGAGUUUGUGAUAAUUGAAUCUAAAUACUUCAUGUACAUCAAAGUUUAGCUAUUCCAUGUGUUCAUUUCAUUUGGUUGUUCUUGCAUCCUCACAGUGAUGUAUACCCUCAACUAGUGACAUUCCUAUUGCUGAUGAGGUAAAUCCAGUGGAAUUAUUUCAUAAACAUGCAAGGCACUGUGGGAUUUAGUUGGAGGAAAAAAAAGAAGCUGAUUUAACUAAAUGAUCCCUCCUGCAACGUGUACAAACUCUGUACCAAGUUUUGUUCUUUAAAAAUGCCAAAAGCUAGUCUGGAAUAAUUCUCAUUCAUUGGCACAACACAUGUAAACUAAUUCCAAACAAGUGAGCCAUGUGAUUUACACCUCUGAACAAGUGUGAUCCCAUCUCUAUGAAAUACUCCUAACACUCCCUGCUUCUGCCAUGCACAACCAUCUCUUCACCCUGGAGGCAGACAGUACGACGGUGUCACUAAUGGGGUGAUAAUGCUGAGAAGUUAAACUAAGCACCAAUUCCAGGGGUGAGGACAGAUUCUUUAGUGAAAAUUACAUUUUAAUUGUGUUCUUUGUGAAGUUCAAAUUGUCGGGCAGUAGCAAUGAAUCAAUGCUUUAUGGCUUCAGCUUGUGGUAAAUUUUGUGCCUUUUGAGUCUUUGCACAAUGAAUAAAUUGAUUCAUUCAAAAUUUUGUAAUUAUUAGUUCUGCAAGAUUUAUUUCAACUUUAAAAUCGUAUUUUUGCACCAGUUUUCAGGGAUGUGAAAGAAGCUGCUUUGCAUUAAUGAUGCUGUCUAAAUCGGGUUAAUUCCUGUACUUUUUACUGCUGAAGAAAUGCUUUAAGGAUGUACUAGGAGUUGCAGCAUUUCUAGUGGUGGCCCACGUGGUUUAAAAGUCAGGUGUUUCAUCUCUAUUGCUGAACCCAAGGUUCAAACAUGAAGCUCCAUGAAGCAAGGAUGAAGCUGGGGGUGGUGGUUGGGAAGAGGGACUAUUUCAGGCAGGGACGAUUAUCAGCCAUCAUGCUUGACCUGGUUUUAUCAUGAAUCUAAUAUUAUUUAAGAAAUGUGUUUUGCAUAAUUUACGAGCAUGCCGAAGCUCGAUCCUGGCGAUCUGGCUCUGCUCCUCUUUAUGCCCAUGACAAUCAUCAACCUGCAGCACACUGGAGACCCUCAGAAAGGGGCUCCGGACUAGUUGGGCUCAGGGAUGUGCACACUCUAUUGUUUAUCAUGGAAACUUUUAAUUCGAAUGCAGAUACAUUUCCACAUUAAAAGUGGCUGGUUGUAAUCAAGAUUGUUUAAUUUAAGACAAAUGAGAGGAAGAUAACUUGAUAAUGUUUUACUUGGGGCAUAAUUAAAAGUAAGUAAGUAAAAGCUGAUGAAGCUUGCACAGUCUCAAGAUUGUUCAUCACCUAACCCUUUGCUGUUUUUUUUUUUUUGGGUCAAUUGUAUUGAAAAAAGGUGCAGAGCACCAGGGCUGGAAUGAUCCAGGGAUAGGCUUGUCUCCAGGUGUGUUCAGUCGGACACGUGCGUCACAGUGUACGCUGGUACAAGCCCACAUUAGCCCCCACGAAGAUAUGCUGCAUCUUUAACUUCUAUACUGUGCUUGAACUUAAAAAAAAAAGGAAAAAAAAAGUUUUUUAAGCUUUUGUCUAUUGACUGAAUCUUGUUGUUAUUAUAUCAGAUGAUGUAUAUAGUCUGGGGAAAAAAAGAAGCAUCUUAUUUGCAGAAUGUCUGACCUCCUCCCUCCCUUUCUUCCCCAUUCAUUGACCCUCUGGUCUUCAAUCUGCAUUUUUUCAAACAGUGUCUACCCUGUUGUGUAAUGGAUUCAGCUGUAAUUUUUUUGGUGGCAUGAACGUGGAUGAACUAUCUUCAGUGUAAAAUUCAGAAUCGGUGGGGGAGAAGGGACAAGAAAGACAUGUUAUGUUAUUUAUUUGUGAAACUGUCUGUUUGACAUCAUUGUGACAUUCUGACAUUCCAAACUGAACUCUUGUCUGAAUUAUUACGGUGCAUGUGGUCGUAUUUUAUUGCUUAUAUGAUUCUUUGAAUCUCCUUCUUGUGUUUUAUUAUGAAUUGAAGUGUGAAGAUUCAAACAUUCUCUCCUCUGGUGGAUCACUUAGUAAUGCCAGCAUGUAACUGAGCCAUCCCGAGGAACAGGAGAAGACAUUUAAGGCCCUCAACUUUGUUGUGUGUUCUGUCAUUCAGUGAGACCUGAAUUAAUCCAACAACUUUGGGUCUGAAUGCCAUUAGCCAGCAAAAUCUAACAUUGUUUAACAUCUGAUGCUCUCUUUAAGGGUUCUACACUACCAUCACCCUUUCCAUUAAGUGGCAUUCCCUGUCUUCUGAAUGGAGAACAAUGUUCAAUUUCCUGCCUCUGGGAAAAUGAUUUGAUCAAAGCCAUUUUGGCAGCUGAGUCUUUGAGUGGCUUGUGAAAAAAAAUUAAACAUUAACCCAUUUAAGUGCUUUCCAAUGAAUGCCCUCUGAAAAGUAGAUAUGUGGGUAUUAUAAUGAAUUGGUUCUGAGUGUGUUUCCUCCUGUUCCGGAUAUAAGAGUGGCCACUUAUCUAACAUAGUUGUGGGUUAUUAACCGCCAAUAGAAGUGUACCCCAGGAUUUUUUCAAGGGGAGAGGAGAGAAAAGUGAAAGAAAGGAUUUUGUAUACUUCCGAUGUGAAAUGUGGCAUUUAUCAUAACGAUGCCUGAAUCUUCCUAGCUGUCUAGACCAAGUUGGUUUUAUAAAGGUAGUACUGACGAGAUAUUAAUUUAUAAAGCACCUUAUCACAUCAAAAUAUCUCAAAGCACUUUACCAAAUUGAUUACUGUUGGAGCAUAAUGACUCAUUGGAAUACCAUUGUGGUUUUGUGUACUGAGAAGAAUAUUCAGUUUGCAUAAGCAAGGGUGAAAAAACAAUAUUAAAGUGUUAGUCUGCCUGCAAUUCUUCAACUUGGUCCAUGCCUCUCUUAUGCCACUUACUAAUUUAGGCAGCAACAAUCCUGCCUAAAAUGAUAACCAGGUCUCAUUUGAACAAAGGUAAGCUUGUCUAAUUGGUAUAGUGAACACUGCUCUCCCUCAGUUAAAUGCAAGUGUUAUUACAUGUGAACUCCUGCCACAAACUAAGUGCUGGAAACUGUGCUAAAACCGUUAGCCCACUUGUUGGUUGAAACUCAUUCAAGAUUUUUGGUUUGAAAAUUUACACACUGCACCAUUCAUCACACAACUUGUUUGUUUCAUUUUUCAACAGAAUAGUCUGGACAUCCGUUUUCACUGACCAUAUUAGCACAAAUGCCACAUCUUAGUUUCCAUUUUGCUGCAUACUUCAAUGAAUCAUUUCAUAUUUUUUACCACUAAUGUAAUAGUUCUUGCAAAGAGAGGGGAGAUGCUUAUUGUUAGCAGGAUUUUUAUUUCCAAUUAAAAAUAAGUACACAAGCUAGUGAAUGCAAUGGUCAUAGUUUACUCUGAACAUAUCAGUGUGUGCUCUAUAUAGGGGCCCAUCACAUCACAACACAAGGCUGGACUUGUACUUGCUUAACAUGGUAAUUUCUGUAUGUUAUAUCCCUUAACUUUGGGAUUCAUAAGUGCAGGUCAGUAGUUUCAUAAUAAAUUAAAACAGACAGCUUCACCAUCAAUGUAUACAAUUUUUAAUUGCUUAACAGUAUUUCUCAGAACUUGCUGUUUGAUAAGGAAACUUAAUCUACCAACGACAGAAAAGUUCAGACCAAUAACUAAUUUUGUAGCUCAUUCUAAUCAGAUACAGCCCUUCCCAAUUGUACAAACAUGGCCAAGUAAUGUACCUCUCAAAUCAGUGAACCCACAACCUCAGAAGCUGGCACCAUUAACGCUUAUCAAAGGUUACAGGUCAGACUCAAGAAUAGGUGCUGAAGGAGCUACAAACAUUUCACAACAGGAGAGUGUCUGGCUCAUCGUUGCUGCAUAGAUGUUACAGCUCCAUAUCAGCUGAUUUCACAUUAACAACCGUGUGGAGCAUUAUUGUUGUGUGCACUAAAUCACUCAUCUGGAUGGUGAGUAUCAUUGAAACCUCCACUUGAGUACAACAGUCUACUUUGACAGUCCAAGGAAGGCGCUGCUUUUUCAGAUGAGUCAUUAACUGGUUGUCUAAAUAAAACGUGGUUUUAACCAAUUUCAGUCAAA